AUGACUGCAAGUGCCGUACUGGCAGUUCUGGACCAAGUGCAGAACGUCGGCCAAGUGGUGGAGAUCGGACAGGCCCAAGUUCACCAGAAGGAGCAGGUCCUUUGGGCGCGGAGAGCUUACCAGCUCGAGUCGCAAUCCGUUCGCCUCGACGUUUUUGACCACGUCAAGGAGGAGAUUCGCUCGCACCACGAUACUUACAUGGGUCGAAUCGAUGUCUUGCUGCUCGUCCUGGCAUUGAUCUGGCCUUUUGCUUUGAAUGCGAUACAAUUCUCGGACCCGUUCAUACCGCAGACCGAGUUUGAGUGCGCACAUUGCAUCGAAGUCAAGCACAAAUGGAUUGUGUUUGUGUGGAUGACACUCCUAGGUGCCAUUCUCGUCCUGCCCUUUUGGGGGAUACUGAUGCUUAUCCGCUGCCGAUUGAAGUUGGAUGCAUGGCUUGAGUAUUCUCCGCGUUUGAGCCAGGCAAGACGAGGAAUGAACAUCACUCCCCAAACCAAAAUGGCGUCUACUAGAAAUGAGGACGAUGAAGACGAUCAUGAUGACACAAAAGACAUUGUUUGCCGUCUGGUCAACAUGGUUGCGGAGUGCCAGGAGUACCUUGGCCUCAUGUGGACAGAGGAGUGCAGCUGGCUGGUUCACACCUCUACGAGCCUUCUUUGGAUCUCAGCUGGUGCGGCACUACUUCUUACUGCUCUGUCCAUUUGGGUGUUCAUGGUCAACAAAGGCGGCGCUCACUCGAAGUUUGGAAACUGGUUUGCCGUGAUCGUAUCGCUGGGGAUGGCUGUGCCGUUAGUCUACAUGUUGCGAAGAUCGUUCGAUGAGCUGGAGCCGCCCGAUGAGGACAUGCUUGCUUCUGCGGCAGUGAGUAAUCCAGCCAUGAACGAGCCUGCAACACGUCGGCGCAGAGCUCAGCUGCUCAAGGGAAACAGCAGCCCCAACUUCUCGCGAUUUUUCAGCGACGGAACACCGAAAGAGGAAUUCACAGGAGAGAGUCGCUUCUCUAACCUGAAAGAAAGGAUCUUCGAUCUGCUGCCAAGCUUUAAACGGAUGUGCGGUCGCAGAAAGCAAAGGCGAAAGAAAGGGGAGCCGCUUUUGAGACCAACGUAG